GGAGCUGCAGCCCGGACCAGGAGGAACCAGGGCAUCCACAGACUACAGAACUGGAGGAAGACUCCAGCGGUCAGGAGAUGAAGCACGAGGACGUAGAGGUGGAUGUCUCAUUGGUUAAUGUCGCUGAUGUGAAAGUUGAAAAUGGUGAACCAGGACCAAACUGUGGCCAGGUGCUGUUGCACACUUCUCCUGAAGCUCAAAACAAAGAUGAGGAAGGGACUGAAAGUUUACGCUCAGACUCCAGUAAAACUGCAGAUCCGGAGCCAAUGAGACAACACGGUGAACACGAAGAUGCUGCUGUCCCGUCAGACAGCAACUGUAAAUCAAAGCUGACCAGGACCCACACGGGGAAGAAGGUAUUUACUUGCAGCACUUGCAAGAAAGAGUUCAGUAGAAGUAUUUUAAUAGAUCACAUGAAGAUCCACACUGGCGAAAGGCUGUACCUGUGCAACACCUGCGGCAAAAGCUUUACUAAAUUAUCGAAUCUUAAACGCCACAAAACCAGGCACACGGGCGAAAAGCCGUACCUGUGCAACACCUGUGGGAAAACCUUUACUGAUUCAUCAGCUCUUAAACGGCACAUAACUGUGCACACGGGCGAGAAGCCCUACAUCUGCAAAACAUGUGGAAAAAGUUACAAAGAACAUUCCAGCCUGCUGGUUCACUCAAGGAUCCACACCGGCGAAAGGCCGUACCUGUGCAACACCUGCGGCAAAAGCUUUACUAAAUUAUCGAAUCUUAAACGCCACAAAACCAGGCACACGGGCGAAAAGCCGUACCUGUGCAACACCUGUGGGAAAACCUUUACUGAUUCAUCAGCUCUUAAACGGCACAUAACUGUGCACACGGGCGAGAAGCCCUACAUCUGCAAAACAUGUGGAAAAAGUUACAAAGAACAUUCCAGCCUGCUGGUUCACUCGAGGACCCACACCGGCGUUAGGCCGUACCUGUGCAACACCUGCGGGAAAACCUUUACUAAAUCAUCACAACUUAAACGGCACUCGAGGACCCACACCGGCGAAAGGCCGUACCUGUGCAACACCUGCGGCAAAACUUUUACUUCAUUAUCACAUCUUAAACGCCACAUAACCACGCACACGAGCCAGAAGCCUUACAUCUGCAAAACAUGUGGAAAAAGUUACACAGAACGUUCCGGCCUGCUGGUUCACUCGAGGAUCCACACAGGCGAAAAGCCGUACCUGUGCAACACCUGCGGCAACGCCUUUACUCAAUCAUCACUUCUUAAACGCCACAUAACCACGCACACGGGCGAGAAGCCCUACAUCUGCAAAACAUGUGGAAAAAGUUACAGGCUACGUUCCACCCUGGUGGUUCACUCGAGGACCCACACCGGCGAAAAGCCGUACCUGUGCAACACCUGCGGAAAAACCUUUACUGAAUCAUCAACUCUUAAACGGCACAUAACCACGCACAUGGGCGAGAAGCUAUAUUUGUGCAAGACGUGCAACAAAGGUUUUAGCCGCAGAAUUCAUUUGUUGAGUUCUCAUCAGAGUUCGGGCAGCACAGUUCUGAAUGAGUUGGAGUUUCCGAAGGUGUUUGUUGGGGAUACCGAUGAGCAGGCUGUUGCAGUAGUCAAGCCUGGAGGAGAUAAGAGCGUGGACGAGUUUCCUUAA